UGUAUGUCGUGCCAGUUUUCGUAGAAACUGCCACGCAACAUGCUACAGAUGUAUCUAUCAAUCUCAGAGCUGAUGCUGGUGAUGGGUUGACCGCGAAUCCCCAUGUACUUGCUGGCGAAACCAGUUCAGUGUCAGCGACGUCGACGUCGACGUCGGACGCACCAUUCUUCACGAGUGGGAGCAUCGCCUCUGGGUCAGAUUCAGGGGAGGAAUCGAAUGUGACGAAGGUAUAGUAUAGAUCUCCUAUUUAUAUUUUUUAUUUAAACAAAAUGUACACUGUAACAUGAUGCAUAUAGACUGCGCUUGAGUGGGUCUUUGCAAUUGCUACACUUCUCGCUCUCGCAUCAGUUACUACGUGGAGGUAUGCUCAAAUAAGACGCAAUAAUCAGUCCAUGCGGUCUUUCAUACCGCGACGUCGAACCCAGCGAUCCGGUUCGACAGACAGAAUUCUAGACACAAGAGAGCGACGACGUUCCUUGCCUCGAACGACAGGUCUUCCGCGCGUGCGCACUCUAAGUAACGAAUCAUCACCUGUUAUGGCAUCCCUCUUCUAUCCUCCCAGUCUUGUCCACGGACGAUAUCCUGAGCCUCUUGAGCCUGCUCCCGCUCAUCUCGCACAUUCUGCUUCCAUUCGAGGACUCAAUAGAGGAAUGACUGAGCGACGUGGUCGACGUGCGGUCAGGGGUGCGGAUACCGAUUUGUACGGACGUCGCGGCGGCCGACAAGACUCUGACGAUUUGGACGGAGACGACAAAGAGGAACUGCCAGCGUACGAAAGCGUGGCGAUCGGAGGACCUCCACGAUAUGCCGAUGGAGAUCUGCAUGUCGUAGGGGGUGUGCCGAUGCAUAUACUGACUCUACCUAUGCCAACUCUUGCGUCCAACCGAGAUGUGACAGAGUUAGGCCGGGAACGGAUGAUUGAACAAGCAUUACAGAGGGAGGCGGACGAGCAAACAACGAGGGAGCCGCCAAGCAGUUCAUCAUCCGGUCGUCACUGCUUACUGGAAAACGCGAGAUCAGCGAACGUACCUUGAUAUGGAACGAAUUCGCGUAGAACCUCAUAUCUGAGCCGUAUUCUACCCAGGCUCUGACACAACGUCCUAUAAUUUGAAACGCCCAGUCUUGUCAACGAGGCGUCAUUAUUUUCCACACUCAUCUUCUUUGUCUUGCAACACGCAUCAAAAUUAUUCUUUACGCGCUGGACUGCGAAACAUAUUUCACACCUGACGUCGAUUCGCGAAUUUGUUGUGACCAUGUUCACAUUCACCCUUGUACCGGUUACGGACAUUUGGUUUUGCAUCCUGUCGAUCUGUUGUAUGCGUAGUUACCUCAUUAAGUCCCCAGCUUUCAAUUUGCUUUGUGUAUUGCCUUCAUUACUUUCUAUCAUACAUGUCUUCAUCUGCACUCUUACCUGUAUCCGUGAUUUAUACCUUCUCUUGAUUUACUUUGGUCCGGCAGUCCACUUUUUGCAUUCGUUCACUCGUUCAUUUUCACAGGAUCUUUUCCGCCUGCGGAAACAUGGUUUACUUCAUAUAUCCGGUUAUCACUUCGCCUCAGAAAAAUCUCUUCAUCUACCAUGGUUUUGAUUGACUGUAUCCCUUCUUCUAUUCUCCUGGAGCGGAAUUGAGCACUGCCCGUGUACUAAUAGUGAUUGUAGCACCCGAAUUUCCACAUGCAUUCAUUUACGACCUUCUCUUUCAUUUUAAGAACUGAAAUCACAUAAACGUAGAAUUAGCUUUGGAAAUAC